AUGCGGCCUACUUUAUCCUUCUCUACCCAGAAACUCCUGAAAAGCUUGUCAGGGUCUGUCGCCACUGCAUCAUCAGCGCUGAUGUCUCAUAAUCUCCACAAGAUGGGUCUGAAGCCAGGCUUCAGUGUUGUCCAAAAAGCAAGGUUUACAACCGAUAGCCAAGCUCCAAGCACGCGGGCAGAGCGCAUGAAGCUUGUGCCGUCUACUCUUCCUCCCCCAUUGACCGAUGAAGAGUGGAGGAGAGCUGAAUUAAAGUGGAUCGUCCGGGAAGAACGGCAUUGUCCUAUAUGUCUUCAGCGCUUCGGCUCUUCUGAAAUGCUAUGUUCUUCUUGCAGCCAUGCAGUUCAUAAGGAGUGCUUCGUAAAUUGGAUGACCCAGUCGAAGGCUCGGUGGUGUUGCCCAGUUUGUAUGACACCUGCUAAUAUGCGCGAAUCUUCCUUUUUGAAAUCAUACAUGUGCAUCUCAGCAGCCAGAGACAUCCAGGCAGCAAUACGGGGAUAUUUUGGACGCCGCUGUUACAGAGCCCUUCGCAAGCGCAGUACAGGGGCUCUGGUUGCAGAGCUAGAGCACGCUGCAGAUAAUAUGAAUUCUUACUUGCUUACUCAAAGAGUUAAGCUAGACAGCGAGUUAGGGCGCUUGCAAAAGGAAAUAGAUGAGACUAACGAUCUCUUCGAAGCAUUCAUGGCCACACGUGCAGUCAACUGGAUCUCUGUUAUUGAGAAGACACGUCAACGUCAAAGUAUGGCAUGUCCCAUCUGCUUUGAAAGCUUUGAAUACAAGGGACCGUUCAUCAGUCUAGCAUCAGACUCCGAGAAAGACUCUUGCACAGUCUCAACUGUUUCUUGUUGUAGUGCCUUAUUCCAUAGUAACUGCUUAGAUGUCUAUGAAUCAGUUACCGAUCGUGCAGUCUGUCCAUGCUGCAAGUCUGGAUUCAUCUCUCAUAAGGUUGAAGGAAUAUCUUAA